CGGAGGAAGUGACGACACGGCGGAGCGUGUUGACAAAUCCAGCUAGCCUGUGCUAGUUCGGUGGUAUGAUAUUUUAUUAACAUUUUACUUAAGCAUUUGUUCAUAAUGAGUUCUCCAGACGACAGGCAUGGGACAAAACGACCCGCGUCCCCAAGUCAGGAUGGGUCUACCCAGUGGGCAUCAGCUGAUCUGGGAAGCGAUGAGAGGAAACAAAAGUUUUUACGGUUGAUGGGUGCUGGCAAGAAAGAACACACAGGACGUCUUGUCAUUGGCGACCACAAGUCGACAUCCCACUUCCGUAGUGGGCAGGAAGAUAAGAAGAUCAGUGAGCAGCUGGAGAUGCAGUACCAGCAGGGCAUGGAUGGGAAGCUAUCAGGCCGGAACCGGAGACACUGUGGCCUGGGCUUCAGUGAGUGUUGUGUCCAAGUGAGACACCAUCAAUCCAUACAUGCAUCCUUAUUGAGAUUUGUUCAGCAUUUACAUCCAGUGAUGAGCCUGAGCCACAACCACAGUCAUUUGACACCCCACCAGUGGACAGUCAGACAAAAGAAACUGAGCCAGAGGAGUCCACCAGUGAAAAAGAACCCACUGACGACCAGGACAAAGGCAGCAGUCCCACGUCUAAGGAACAGACCUCAGACCAGGACAAGCCUAGCUCUGACAGUAGGAAUGAAGAACGGAAACACAACUACAAAAUGGCCUUUGUGAAGUCGUUGUAGGGCCGAUGGUUUGGACAGGGAGGAAUUAUUUUUUGUAAUCUCAAACUUUAUUAUUAUUUGUUUAACUGUCUGUGAUCACCCAUCAUUUCAGUUCUUUUGCUGUGUAGAAAUGGGUUUUCUACACAAGCACUCACCACUGGGCGACAUUGUUGUGUGCAUGUUGUCAAAAAAGGCCAAAACACGAGCUUUUGGUUAAGUGGUGUUAUAUCAUGUAAAGAUGGCAAACGGUCCCAAUUUUAUUUAGUUUGAACAUUUUAACAGUCACUGUAUUUGCCAGGAAUUGUGUUGGAUGAAACAGGAUUGCUUGCCACUCAGAGCGAUCGGUGUACACAUUGUGAAUUGUGUGAUUUCUUGUUUGAAAACCAAUAAAAGGAAGUAUCAGU